GUCUUUUUGUGUUGUUAUGUAAGUGGGAGAAAGAAAGAAGGCAAAGAAGACACUCUCCGCCAGCAGAUUGUCAAAUCCGUGUGCUGCUGCCAGAACAAAAGUGUAAUCAUUUUCAAUCCGCUGAUUUUUGCGUAACUUUGCCCAGUGGAAGCAGCAGAAGCAGAUCCCCCAGGCGCAAGUUCCCCAGGUGUAGUUUCUCCCGAAGGCAAGAAGAUGUUUGGACUGACCCGACAGUACUUGCUGGCGGCCAUCCCACUGGCCGGCUACGGUUUCGGAUGGUUUUUGGAUAACAAGGAAACCGAACGUAUGACGAUGUUCCGCGACAAGAGCGCACUUUACGGAAGGGUUCUGAAGGAAGGAGAGAAGCCCUCGUGGCCCUGAUCGACGUCUGGUUGUAGGUUGUUGAUGUUUAGUGGGAAAUAAAUGUUUCAAGAAUAAUUGAA